UCUCCUCGCCUUGUCUUGGGCUCAAAUGAGCUGUUUGCUGUUGUAGGGAAACAUUAGUCUUGUACCGAGCAGCCAGCCGGGGGACGAAACAGCUCAACUUUUUCCUGCAUGUGCCGGGGCUUUCUGCACUUUGGAGGCGCCCCAGACUGAGGACGAGCCGACACUGCACCCCCUUCUCCUUCUUUUAUUUAUACUUUUUUCUUUUUUUUUUUUUUUUUUAAUUUUUUUUUCCUUUUAGAUUGCGGUCACUGUUUUUAAAACGCGUGUAGCCAAAGCUCGCAGGCGGGGAAGUAGACAUGCCUCAGCUCAGCAGCGGCGGCGGGGACGACCUGGGAGCGAAUGAUGAGAUGAUAUCGUUCAAAGACGAAGGGGAGCAAGAGGAGAAAAUCCAGGAGAACGCCUUCACGGAGAGAGACCUGGCCGACCUGAAGUCCUCCCUGGUGAACGAGUCGGAAAUAAAUCAAAGUCCAAACGCAGCGGCGGUCAGACGGGGACAGCAGGGCGAGCAGAGGGGCUUCCCGGACAAACACAGGGAGCAUCUCGACGCCGUGUCAAAGCAACAAGAUGGAGGCAUGUACAAGUCUUCGGCAUAUCCUGGGUAUCCGUUCCUGAUGCUGCCAGACCCCUACCUCCCCAACAGCUCGGUUUCUCCAUCUUCUAACAAAGUGUCGGUGGUGCAGCAGUCUCACGGGAUGCACCCGCUGACGUCCCUCCUGCCCUACAGCAACGACCACUUCAGCCCCAGUCCUCCUCACCUGCCCACAGACAUGAGCCAGAAAACAGGAGUUCACAGGCACCAGUCCCAGGACCUCUCAGGUUAUUACUCCCUCCCUCCAGGCGGCGUCGGCCAGAUCAGCCCCUCCAUGAGCUGGCAGGGCCAGCCCGUCUAUCCUGCCCUGUCCCCCUGUGGAUUCAGGCAGUCCUACUCCCCCAAUCUCUCCAGCGCCUCGUCCUACUCCAGGUUCCAUCACUCCCUGAUGCUCGGCCCAUCGGGCAUGCACCCCACAGGGAUCCCCCACCCAGCCAUAGUGCCCCCUACAGGCAAACAGGAGCAUGAUCAGUAUGACAGUCGCAUGUAUGUGAAGCCACAGGCAGAGGCCAAGCGGGAGAAAGAGCCCAAGAAACCGGUCAUCAAGAAACCCCUGAACGCCUUCAUGCUCUACAUGAAGGAGAUGAGGGCGAAGGUCAUCGCGGAGUGCACGUUAAAGGAGAGCGCAGCUAUCAAUCAGAUCCUGGGACGAAGGUGGCACGCCUUGACCCGGGAGGAGCAGGCCAAGUACUACGAGCUGGCCCGGAAGGAAAGACAACUGCACAUGCAGCUCUACCCGACCUGGUCCGCCAGAGACAACUACGAGGCGGGCCUUAGCGGGGUCGCAGGGGAAAAGAGUAAAGCUGAUUGGGGAAAGAAGAAGAGAAGAAAAAGGGAGAAGCAGCAGGACCCCAACACAGACCCGGGCUCUCCUAAGAAAUGCCGGGCUCGCUUCGGCCUCAACCAACAAACGGACUGGUGCGGUCCUUGCAGGAGGAAAAAGAAGUGCAUUCGCUACCUUCAAGGAGGAGGCUGUCCCAGCCCAACUUCUUCAGAUUUAAGUGCCAUAGACUCUCCCCCCUCCCCCUCCCCGGCCCGGCCCCAUCCCUACCAGCACCGCCGCCCGCCGCCCUCCCCGGGCUGCUCCCCGCCGCCCACCUCGCCCCCCGCGGGCCUCCCCCUGUCCCCGCACACGCGCUCCAUCACACGCCACCCGCCCGCCGCCAAACACGCCCACCACACACCACACUGCCCGGAACUGUCCGGCAGGCAGACGCACGGCUCCACGGCGCUGUCCGCCGCCAAGGCCGCAGGACUCUCUCUCAAAGUGCUAACAGAGACUCAGUGAUGCCCCGCCCUCCUCCUCCUCCUGAUCCUCCUCCUCCUCACCUGCCUUCAGCCUCACAGAUCACACACGCUCCCAGGAACUCGCAGUCUGACGGUGUCUGCGGCUCAGCCCAGAGACUGGAUCCUCCAAAGUCUGCAUUCCGUGUCCAGUACAGGAUCGGUCCUCUGAACCGCUCACAAUAAGACCCGUUUUAAAAAGGAAAAUUAAAAUAAAAAAAAGGAAAACUGUGGCUCUUUGGCUCCAUCUGCUGCAGACAGCUUUUCAGAAUAACUCUAAGAACUGUUUUUACCUGCUCAACUGGACUCCAGUGACAAUCAACUAUUUUGCUAAUGACUUUUUUUUUUUAAAUAAAACAAACCACUGAGAGCUGAUUUGGUAUCAGUCACAUUCAUCCAUCCAUCCAAUGGUUUUCAGAGCGUGGGUCAUCCUCCGGCUCUAUGAAAACCCCAGCAACAAAGCCAAUGUCACGCUUUCCUUUCACAUUGUUUUCAUCAUAUAACACACACACACACACACACACACACUCACAGCCUGACCAGCAGAACCUCAGAUCUAAAGAGGGCCCAGAUAUUUCAUUUUCCCCGACUUCGGUUUUCAGAUUCCCUGUGGAGCUUCCAGGAAAAAAACAAACAUUUCAACUUCAAGUUACUUCUUUUAGGCACUUUCAGGCUGUCAGUUUCUGGCUUCAAUCGUGUUUUCUCAUUUCUAGUAUUCUUUGUUUUGUAUGAAUCUCAUGUGAUUGUUUUUUUAAGUCGUGUUUUGUUGAGUAAAAUCUUUUUUUUUUUUUUUUUUUUUUUAAGUCUCUCAUCUGUUUUCAUUUGAACAUUUUUCAGCUCCGCAAACUAAUCUGAGACCAAAUGGGUACUAUUAUAUUGCAUUGUGUUGUAAAGUUUUAUAUUAUAAUUAAACUUUUAUAUGUUUUUAUGGAAAAAGAAAAAAAAAAGUUGAAUAACUAAAAAAAAAAAAGUUAGUUUUUACUGUUUUCUUACAGCAAUACAUUGUGUUUGUCCUCUUGUGCAGAGUUUUAAAGUUUGGUUCAAGUGUUUCUGCAGCAGCGUUCAAACUAUACCUGGUGUUGGCAGCCUGUGCAUGUUCCAACUGUAAUGUAACAAAAAAAAAAACAAAAGCAUAAACAAGGCUUCAAUUUCCUGUUCUGCUCUCUGCUUCAGUUUACAGUGUGGGCUGAU